UGCUGCAAAUGCUGGCAUAAAACGCGCGCCAUCGUCGAGCUAUUCAUUCUGGAUGCAUUUGUGGAUCUAUUUAUUACGAUCUGCAUCGUACUGAACACACUAUUUAUGGCUAUGGACCACAAUGGAAUGGAAGAAGGAAUGGCGAAGCUCUUAAGUAUUGGAAAUUAUGUGUUCACAACAAUAUUUACAGCUGAGGCGAUCUUGAAGAUGUUUGCUCUGGGUAUGUACAAAUACACACGAGAUAAGUGGAACUGUUUUGAUUUGUUCAUCGUGCUUUUGAGUCUCAUCGAGUUAGGUUUAACAAAUGUUAAAGGCCUAUCUAUCUUUCGAUCGUUCAGACUGCUACGAGUAUUCAAGUUAGCGAAAUCCUGGCCGACCUUGAAUCUCCUAAUUGGGAUAAUCGGAAGAACGAUGGGAGCUCUCGGGAACCUUUGUUUCGUCCUGGCAAUCAUCAUCUUCAUCUUCGCCGUCAUGGGAAUGCAAUUGUUCGGGGAGAACUACACAACGGAUCAUUUUCAGGAAGUCCCACGCUGGCAUUUCAAGGAUUUUCUGCACUCCUUCAUGAUCGUUUUCCGGGUUCUUUGUGGCGAGUGGGUUGAAUCCAUGUGGAAUUGUAUCCACUGUUCAGGAGUCGUCUGCGUCCCCUUCUUCCUACUGACCAUGAUCCUUGGAAAUCUUGUGGUUUUGAACCUGUUUCUCGCAUUGCUGCUCAGUUCAUUCGGCGCUGAAAGUCUGCAGUCGUCGCAAGGGGAGUCUGCGGAAACUAAUAAGUUACCAGAAGCUAUAGAGAGGAUAACUCGUUUCGUCGUCUACAUGAGAAUGAGGGUCGUCUAUUGUGUCCACUCGACGGUCAGUCCUUCCAUAAUUUAA